CACUGACAGAGUUGUAAGGCUCAUUUGAAAGAUCGAGUGUAGUUUUAUAUCCAGCGUUGAAAACCGAAUAGAUGUAGUUUUGAUACAAAAGUAUUAAGAGCAAAAGUGUAAAAAUGAAGGACAUAUAUCUACUUAUAAUAAUUCCUUUGUUGGGAUUGCACUCUGUUUUAGGGCAAGACAUUGAUUUUGGACCAUAUGGUGCAGAAGAAUCAGUGAAGACCGAGACCAACUUCUUUGUAACAUGUAAAUUAAACAGUUCCAUGCCGAGUGCAAAUAUGGCGACGUAUAAAUGGUUCAAAGUGGAUAAUACUGAGGUGACGUCAAGAGAUUCCAUUACCAGGGUGUAUGUAGUGGAUAGAAGCCCAGGACUUGAGUUGAACCUGGAACCAGUACAGGAUGAGGAUGCCGGACGUUACAGAUGUGUGGCCUCUGUCGGGGGUCAGACCUAUGAGCGCCAGUUGUUUUUAACAGUUAGAGCUACAAUUACAUUCAAUGACUGUCUAACGGAGCAGUUUGGCGUGGUGGGACAUCGUUCGGAGAUCAUGUGUUCAGCAUCUGGGGGAGAGGGGACUUUGUCAACUGAGUGGCGCAAAGAAGGCGUUGUGGGAACACUGGUGACCAACAAUGAAUAUGCUAUUGAAACCAAGAAGUUGGUUGUUCUGCAAACAACUGCAGCAUCUGCCGGGACCUACACAUACUAUGCCUCGGCUUCUACAGAGAAGAAAAGUCAGCGGAUAACAUUAAAAGCUCUCACUAUUCCAGCGAUUGUUCAACCACUUUUGUCCAAGAAGGCAGUGGUGGGCAACACUGCGGAGAUGUUUUGUAUGGCGCGUGGAAAUCCCUCUCCAAGAAUAGACUGGUUCAAAGUAGAUGAGAAUGGCAACCAAGUACGCAUGCAGACAGACAAUCGUAUUACGAUUGAGGAGCGUAAUGUGGACGGCGACACUCAGGGCAUAAUGAUGAUCAAGAAUGUUCAGAAGGAGGACGAGUCAUACUAUGCCUGCAAGGCCUACAACAAAGCCACAGAGAUUCUGGGCUCAGCCACUAUCCCAGAGACAAAAAGCAAUCUGGACGUGCAAACCAUACCCACUAUUGGGGAAUUUCAAGACACUACGAACGGGCAGUACCAGGGCAGGGAGGGUGCCAGUGUGACCAUGAAGUGUGAGGCCCGGGGUGACCCCAGGCCCGUAGUGGUCUGGACCAAGGUCGGCAGCAACCACCAGUACACCGAGGGACAGAACUCAGAGACGGUGUCAGUGACCAAGGAGGACAUAGCGGACCCAAACAACCCGGGGGUGAGACUGUCCCUUGGUCUGAAGGGGCUGGAGGCCAGUGCAUUUGGCAACUACACAUGCACUGCCCGCAACGAGGCCGGAGAGGUGUCCAAGAACGUCAAACUGGAAGUCCUGUUUUCUCCCAAUUUCGACGGCCAAGACACUGAUUAUGGUAGAGUUUUCUACACGUGGAAGGGUAACACAGAUGGUAAUUUUGGUAAAGUGGUCUGUGUUGCCAAUGGCAACCCCCAGCCUGUCUUCAAUUGGUACAAAGACGGCACAGAGAUCGUACAAGGAACAUCGGGUUACGGAUUGUCAGAGGAGAAGUCGACUGAUCCCAGAUACCCGUACAGACAUAUCAGCAAGCUUUCUGUAUCAUACAAUGGGGCCAAUGACAACAUAUUUGGAACCUACACCUGUAGGGCAACAAACAACAUUAAGCCCAAUAACCAGACCCUGCAGCUAAAGAGGGCUGAGGUUCCAGGUAUGCCCGUGGUGACUAUACAAGAGGAGAAGCCCACUGUGUUGACCUUCUGGCUCAUGGAGCCCAAUGUGGAGGGGCCAGAGGUCACGCAGUUCAAGGUCACCUACAAGCUUACUGGGGGCCCAUCUGAACCCGUGGAACUUAUCAUCCCGAAAGAAUUCCGGGACUACAUUGAUGUGAACAAGAAGUACACGGUGGCCAUUAUCAAUCAGCUGGAGCCAAACAAGGAUUACACGUUCAACUUCUACGCAGAAAACAAUGUCGGAAUUGGUGUCAGCAAAGAGAUGAAAAAACGAACUCCUCCCAUAACGACGCCAAGCGCUGCAGUGAUCAAGACCAACAUCAACAGUGCAGACUCUACCAGGAUCAGAGUGAUAUGGGACCCUCCCAAUGACGGUGGGGCUGUCAUCCUACACUACAAGGUUACAUGGAAACAGGUGGCAGUACGACCCUCCAACCAGACCCUGGACAGCCAGGGCUAUGUGCUGGACUACCAGUUGACGGAUGAUACGUUUGUAGAAGACAUCAAGGAUUCAGAGUUCAACAUUAACGGGCUCAUACCAGGGUCAUACUAUCAGGUCCAAGUGUAUGCAAAGAACAGUUUGGGCUACGGUAUGCCCGGUAUAUCUAUCAUAAAAACUAGAGAAGCUGAAGAUAUGGUUGCAGCCAGCACUGAUCCCAACUACCAAGGGGUAUCAGGCAGUACCGCGUCUGUUGUCAUCACUACCACUGUUACGCUGGCUUGUUGUCUGGCAUCUGUCUAUGCAUGCUUAGAACGCUAUGUUUGACAUCCUUCCUUAACGGCUUUAUAGUGUUUGCGCACCAAUUUUUCGUUUUGGCAUUUGAUAUUGUACAUCUUUCAAACAUGCAUAGUUGUGUGGUAAAAACUGUGAACAAAACUACCUAAGCGGAUUUUUUUUUCAAUGAAAGAGGUUGUGUACUGCAAAAGAUUCCAUUGUGGAAAAACAAUGAAAAUAAACAUGGCAAAUAACAACAACCUGAAUACUAACGCCAGUGUAAUAAGAAGGAAAUACGAUGAGACUUCAGGAAGCAGAUUGACGGAGAAUAGCGUGAAAAUGUGAUAAACAUGUGCAUGUCACAUUUUUGCAUGGAAGUGCUGUGAAACAGAAAAAUCAUUCCAACUACAUUAAGAAGUCACAAAGACUGCCAUCUGUUUAUGUUCUGUUUUCUGUCGUGAUUUUGUACUUAACAAGUGAACAUUUGUUCACUAUUCUACGAAUCAUACUUAACAUUAUAUCAUUAUUUGUAUGUGUUCUUGUAUGGUCUACUUUAGAAAUAUUUUAACUAAACAGAUUUCUGUCUGUCUCAUGCAUAAUUCAGGUUUUGAUUUUGUGGCAUUGAUACUCUGAUGAUGGUAGAUAAUUUGUAACAAAAAGUCUCUAAUACAUACUGAUAUGUUCUAGAUUUUUUUUUACAAAUAUUUUAUAUUUUAUCCGAGAGGAAUAAAAGACUAUUAUCGUUGUCUACCAUCUGCACAAUAUCAUCAUCAUUUUUUUCCAGUUGGCCCAAUAUGCCCUUUUUCCAGUAGAUUUUUUUAUGAUUAAAGUUGUUAGUCCUUUUAUGUACCUCAUGUUUUGGGGAGUGGAUUUUAGUUAUGAUUAAGGUACUUUGUCCAUUUAUGUACCUCAUGUUUAAGGGUGUUAAACUUUGUAUGUCUGUACUGCACUGUCAACCUAAUUAUAGUCAGAUAAACAUAGUAAAAGUAUUAAUGAAAGCUUAUUGUGCAAUAGUUGGCUUCACAAAACUGAAUUUGUUUGUAGUCUUUUAAGAAUAUUAGCAGAUAAAUACCAUAUUGUUGAGCUUGAAUUUUUUGUGCAAAGCUCUACAUAGGCAAGUGAGUACAAAUAAGAAAAAAGGCAUUAUAAUUCUUGUUUUUUUUUUCUCUACCAAACUUUAAAAUUCAUUCAUAUCGAUAAACAAAAUGGAGAAAAAACUUACACAAGUAUGAAACUUUGAGAAUAAAAUGUCUGUCUUUUCUGUCAAAAGGUACUGCAUUGUAGACACAUUCGCAAGAAGUUGCAAGUCCUAUGGAACGGACUUGUGUAUAUAAAUAAGCUGUGCUCUGUGAAAAGGGGGUUUAACGCAUGUGCGUAAAGUGUUAUCCCAGAUUAGCCUGUGCAGUCAGCACAGGCUAAUCAGGGACAAUAUUGUUCACUUUUAUGAUAGUUUUCAGUCUCUUCUUGGCAGAAAAUCUAGUUAAGGUGGAAAGUGUCGUCACUGAUUAGCCUGGGACGACACUUUACACAUGCAUUAAACCCCCUUUUCUCAUAGUGCGACCCAAAUAAAUAUGUGAACAUAUUGUUCUGUGUGUAACAGUUGUCUCGUGUAGAUAUUGUAUAGAUGUGCUUGUACUUCUCUUACAUGUAUUUGCGUGUCAGACAUGGUAAGCUUUAUUUGACCGGGGUCAUACAAAAUUGGGUCUUAUGCCAUAUGCUGUCAGCGUUGCUCCAGACCAGCCUUUGUGACUGCCCAGACUCAUUUGAAAAUGUCAGUUAACCUUUAACCACUUAGAUAAGUAUUUUAACGCAUUUGUUGUCCCAUAGAAAGGUACAUUUAAUUAAAAGCCUUCCUUACUAGAUCCAAGUUUUUAAGGUUUCUGUUCCAUCCUUUAGAUACUGAUUAGCAGCAAACAGCAUAAAACUUGAACAGACUGCGAGUUACUCGCAAGACUGCGAGUCUGUUCUGGUAUUAUGCUGUUUGCACAUAGCCAUUUUCACUUAGCUUCUAAGUGGGAAAAGGUUAAAAGGUGAUCUGAUGUGAUCCCUGAAUUUUUGACAAUUGAACAUGAAACUGAUUUAAAUGACUUACAUUUCUGUAGGAAAUACAAUAUUUUUUAGCUCAACCAUUUGCAAGUGUUGUAAUGCUGAAUUUUGUAUGAUUGUUUAGAUUAAUAUGAUUAAUAUGAUAUUAAGGAAAAGUGAAGGGGUCAUACUGAAUGAUUGAGUACAUGUAAUGUGUUCUAUUAUUUUGUUCUGUUAUAUUUUGGCUAAUGUGUGUGCAUUAGCCGUACAUCAUUCUGGCCAUGUAUUCCAUUUUUAUUUCAAACGUAUUUUAUGCUGUGCGUUUUGAAUUGACUCAUUAUGAUUGUGAAGUAUAUAGCUCUUAAUGUUUAUCCUGGUUUUUAAUUUGCAUUUGGUAAUGCAAUAUUCAUUAUGUUCAUCCAAGAUUUUUAUGAUUGUUAAUUCCCAUUUGGUAAUGCAGCAAUGUUGUUUACAUAGUUUCGUUUCCAAUUUUGCCACUGGUGUGACAAAGGGAACACAGUUUCGAUUUUUUAUUCUUUAACCUGUUGGUAGUUAAUUUGUUCCAUGCUUCAUGAAGAAAGAUUCAUGAUAAAUCAACUUUCAAAAAUUUGGACGAAAACGUAAAAAAACAAUGGUUGAGAAUGGAGUUUUAUUGAUAAAGUUGGAAGACUGUUAUAUUUUAUUUGAAGUGAGAAGAUUGCAUUAGUUUAUCUACAGUACCAAGCCUCAUUAUAUAGGUUCCAAGCCAGUCUCAUUCAGUAAAUUAUUAUCCUUAUACAGUUUCCAAUCCUAAUAUAGUUUCCAAUUUAUUACCAAGAAUAGCUGUUCAGAUGGAGUCUGUAAUGUGACAUAAGCCUCCUGUAUUUCCCCAAGGUCUAACAAUCAAUACUUCGCCAACACGCCUCCAAAUAUUGGAUGAAAGUAAGGCUCAAUUUAGCACUUUUGCUGACUUGAUUGUAAAGGAAAUGCUUAGGUUAGUGUUUAUCAGCUGGAGAAUUAUUGACUGGGAUAAGCGUAAAAUUUUUAAUAAAGCAGACCUUAUAUAUAGUCUGAAGCUAGCUGUAAUAAACAAAUAAUGGUCUCAGUAUAUUUUUUAUAAAGAAAAUGUGCGUCCUCCCUCUUAGCUUUGGCCGAUGCUUUGUUACUGGGUAUUUUAAAUAGAUGUAAAUUUUGUUUAAUAAUGUAGAAAAAUCUUGUUGUGUGUUUAUUUUCCCUUUUUUUAUUUGUUUCCACAGUAUCUUUAAGACUUCAGUAAAUAUGACAUUUUGAUUUAUUUAAAUCAUGCCAUAGCAUUUAGUAUGUUGGCUUAGAGCAAAUGUUUGUAAAGUUGUCAUGUGUAUGUCACAAACAGUCCAAUCCAACAUGAAAUCCAUGGCCUAUACAUAUAAAGGGAUGCGACUCAUCUCAAAAUCCUGUCAUGCAUGUUUUGUAUGAGUGUAUUACUCUGGAUAAUUGAUUAAUCUAUUUUCAAAGACUGUAUCAUCCAUACUUUAUAUAAUGGUCUCAAGCAAAUAAAAAAGUUUGAGAGAAAAACACAUUAUUAUAAAAAUGUAUAAAACAUUUUACAUCAGAAGUUUGUGAUUAUAAUCAUUGACAAGUCCCAAGGUGCUGUCUUAUUAAUGUCAUUCGUGUUGGCCUAAUCAUGUAUUGUGUAAGUACCUGUUAUCGAACAGCACCUAUUAUCGGACGUUUUAUUUUGGUUCUGUAUGCACAUGCGCAAAAGUGCGCAUGAUGUCACAUUGAUAAACAAAUAGUUGCACAUGAAGUCCAUGACCUACUUGCCUACUAAGCUUGAAACAAAUGCGCCAAACACAGGUUAAAGGAACUCAUUUAUUGUUAUUUACACCGUUUUAUGUGUUUUUUGCUAUUACUUUUUUAAUGCAUUUAUCAAAACGUGCAUUUACACACCAAAAAGCAUAUUUCCGUUUGCAAUUUUGAUUGCAGAAGACACAGAUUUUUUCGCUGAGUCCGGGUCACGUGAUAGUCAUGUAACUUGGUAUAUACUGGAGUAGUAUUUAUGAAGUGUCGGGUAAUAGGUCAUGUGUACAUCGGCCGACAUUUUGUUUUGUCUGCUAGAGGUGACAAUAACCAUGGAAUCAUUGUUUUGAAUUCUUGAAGGUAGUUUGCUGGAAAACUUUACAUAUAAAUCAUUCAAUGAUUGAACUGGUAGUCAUUUGUUAAAACAAAAUGUUUUUGUCAUUGUAAGUGUUUCAAUUUUAAGGUAAUUUAAAGUAGUUUCUUAGGUGUUCGAUAACUGGUUUGUCCACCAUAUAUACCCUGAUGAGUGUAAGAAGGGUAUGCACUUCCGAUUGCUCUUUUUUAAGGCAUUUCAUUUGAAAAAAGAUUAUACUUAGGGCAAAAACAAACAUUUUCUUUGUACAUUUUAUUUAGAAUACCUAUUUUAAUUUGUUAUAUUACAUUUCAUGGAAUAAGAAAUUAACAAUUUUAAAUAGAUAUGUGUUUUCAGAUAUGAUACUGUUAGGAAUUAGUUGUAUCUAGUUCAUGUAUUCACUUUAUUAAAAAAGAAAAUUGGGUAUUUACAUACAAGGAUAGCAAGAUGGUGCCAUGUUCCAUGAAGUAAAUUUCCUAUUCGGCUGCCAUAAAUUUUCAAAAUUGAAUUAUAGAAAACAAACAUUCUUUAAAUAUAGUGUUUUUGUAGCAGUUACAAUUGCAUUACUAUAUCAUAGCUAUGUUUAUUACUUUAUUCAGAAAAUAUAUUGGACCAUUGCCUAAUAUAACUAUCAUUGUACAGAAACAGAUUAUACAAUAUUUACCUCAAAUGAUGGAAUAAUUAUGCAUAGCACCACACAUUUAACCCAUUUAUGACUAGUGGACUCUCCCAUCCUUCUAAAUUGGAUCAAAUUAUUUCCAAAAUUAGGGACGUCUAGUAUAUUUAUUUCUACAUUUAAAAUAUUUCUUACAGAAAUUCCUUUAAGCAAACAGAGUAGACCCAGAUGAUACGCCGCAUGAUGCGGCGUCUCAUCUGGGUCUACGCUGUUUGCCAAGACCUUUUUACUAGACGCUAGGCAUAAAUGGCUUAAGCACACAUAUGGUAAAUAUUCUGUUAAAUUAUACUACAUAUUCGUUUUAUUGGGAAGGGAUGUUCUUUUAAUGUGGAUAUAAAAUAUAUUCUUAUGAACAUUGAUUGCAUUAUAUUAUUACAAUUGUAUUCUUCUGAAAAGUAGAAUAAAAAUUUAAAAGAAUGCAAUUACUCUAUUUCCCAUGAAGAAGCUAUAUUUGAACAUGUUUGCAUUUGUGUUUUUGUCAAUUUAUAGAAUCAUAUCGGUGUCCGUUUUUGUUCUUGAUUUUAUUUUAUGAAAUAAAGGAGAGUAUUUAAAAAAUGAGCGAAAAAUUACAUUUAUCUGGUAGUUCUUGCUUGCCAAUAUUAGUUUGAUGACACAAAUUAAAAAAAUAAUUAAUCCAUAGUGCAUAUAGUUUUGCAUUAAACGUACAGUAAGUUCAAUCAAUUGUUUACAAAAUCAUUAAAUGUAAUUUGGAAAAAGUCUUCUUCUUGAAAAGUUAUAUGUAUGUGUAAUACAUGUUGUUAAUUCAUAUUUUGUUCUUGUUCCAAAUUGCUGCUUGACAGUUUUUAUAUAUUUGUUUUGUUCUGUGAAAAUUGGACAAAAUGCAUAUGCGUAAAGUGUUGUCCCAGAUUAGCCUGUGCAGUCUGCUUUAAUGUUAUUUUUCCUGUAAAGGAAGUCCCUUUUUACCGAAAAUGUAGUUUAAGCAGAAAGUGUCGUCCCUGAUUAGCCUGUACAGACUGCACAGGCCAAUCUGGGAGGACACUUUUCGCACAUGCCUUAUGCCCAGUUUUCUCAGAACGUGACUCAUAUAUUUGAGCUGUGCUGUGGGAAAACGGGUCUUAAUGAAUGUGUGUAAAGUGUCAUCCCAGAUCAGCCUGUGAAGUUCACACAGGUUAAUUAGUGUAGACACUUUCUGCAUUACUGGAUUUCAUGUUUGAAGAGACUUUCUUUAAAAAUAAAAUUCCAUGAAAGCGGAAAGUGUCGUCCCUGAUUAGCCUGUGCAGACCGGACAGGCUUAUCUCGUGUGACACUAGGUGGAUGCAGUAAGCCCCAUUUUCAUACAAUGCUGAAGUUUAUGAUUUUAGUCUUUUGUGAAAGCCUUAAAUGAUUAACUGUAGGUGGAUAUUUUGUGUGCUUGGCCAAAGAUGAAAAAUUAUACAAAAUUACAAGUUUUUGAUGUAUUUCAUGUGUUGUGGAAGCUUUGAAGGUAACUUGUUGAUGUUUUAUUGUUAUUUUAAUGCUUACUUGUAUAAAGCCCUAGUACCAAAUGUUGUAAUUAUUGAGGGGCAAGAUCUAGGAUGGCAUGUACCGUGUGCUGCUUAAAAAUGGGCAGAAUGGAAUAUAUUGUGGUACAGGACUUAGGUGUUUGUGAAUCUUCCAAUGACGUGCAAUACUCAGACAUUGAUACAUCACUCAUAAAUGUUUGUGAGCUCUGAAUUAUGUGUAAUCAGUACUUUUGCAACAAAAAUCAGAGAACCAAAUUAUGUUUUGUUAAAACUUUAUGUUAAAUAAGAACUUUUCAAACUUUAAACUUCUAAUAUUGCUGUCAUUUUAAAAUAGUUUUUCUCUUUUUUUAAUGCUUUUCAUAUUCAAGAUAUUUAAGAUAUGUAAAUUUCAAUCUAAAUUUUGAUUUUAAUCAAAUCUCCACAGAGCUCAGCAAACAAAAGUGAAGCAUUUAGGGGGGUCGUUUUGAUAAUGUUUGUAUGUGAAUAACUUUUGGCCAGUUUUAUCAGAAAGUUAUUUUAGUUAUGAAAGUCAUAAAGUUAAUAUCUUCAUCUGAUUCAAGAAAUAUGUACUUUAUCAAAGAGUUCGUAUUAUUUGGAUAUGUAAUCAGAGAGAUUAUGUCAGAAGUUUUUGCUCUAAUUUAACAUUAUUGUCUGUUGUAUUGAGCUUUAUUUUGUGUUUCCAUGAUUGCAAUAUAUGCAGUUGUUCCUUCAUUCGAAAAUGCACAAAUGUUGUAGAAACUGUGUUUUGUAAUAUAAUUUGAAUUGUACUUCAA